AUGGGGAAGAGAAAGCAUUCAGUAGACACCGAUAGUGAAGAGGAGUUCAAAGCCAGCAAGUUCGUGGACGUCGAGGCCUCAGAGGAUGACCCCUCCGACAACGAAAGCAUGGACGAUUUCAUCAACGAAAUAGCCGAGGACGUUGAAGUUGUGGAGGACGAGCCAGAGGAAGAAAAAAACACGGAGGAGUUUGCCACCUCAAGCGAGGAUAAGCUGGAAGACUUUGAGGAGUAUACCAAGAAGGUGGAGGAGCGGUAUAAGAAUGUAGACUCGCUGGAGGUGGAGGAGAUUCCGCAGCAGCUUCUGCUUCCAACGGAAAAAUCGCCUAAGCUGUGGCUCAUUCGGUGCACGCCCACAAAAGAAAGGAGCAUUGUGCUGGCAAUACUGCGGAAGGCUACUCUCAGCAAGCUGAACAUAGUUUCAGUUCUCUCCAACGAGCUUGUCAAGGGGUACAUAUACAUAGAGGCGUACCAGAAGCAGCAGGUUACGCAGGCAAUAGAGGGCGUGUUUGGCGCGUUUAAAACAAACAUCACGCAGGUGCCAAACAAAGAGAUGGUGGAUGUUCUUUAUCUUCCCGAGCUGGACCCUGUUAUAUACAAGGAGGGGAACUAUCUUCGGGUGAUCAAGGGGGCGUACUCAGGCGAGAUAGUGAAAAUAGACACGAUUGGGGCAAGCAAGGGGAAGAUACAGGUGAAGAUACUUCCAAAGGUAAACGAAAAGUACAAGCUAUUUGACGCAAAAGACUACAGCCCGUCCGAGGUGUACAAGAUGUCCAAGAGCACAUGGGUGCACAAGAAGGAGAUGUACAAGGACGGAUACCUGCUGAAAGAGCUGCCAAUCACGCACAUGGCGUCCACCCCAAUGAUAUCGAAGGAGGAGAAGAAGUGGUUUGAGACUGCAGAAAACAGAAAAACCACAGGGUGUUUGUUUGUGAAAGAUGAGGUGGUUGAGGUUGUGUUUGGAGGGCUGAAGGGCGCGGUCGGAAAAAUAGUCGUUGUGGGCGAAGAGGAGGCGAUUAUACUCAUAGGCGACAAAAAGGUGUCGGUCUCUCUGCAGGAAAUAAAAAAGAGAUACUCGGUGGGAGACGAGGUCCAGGUGGUUUCUGGGCGAAACAGGGGGGAGUGCGGCUUUGUUGUGGGCAUCUCUAAAAACAAGCUAAUGGUUGGCAUAAACAGCUUCACCGACGAAAUAGAGGUGGAAAUAGACGAGGUCAAGCUCUGCUCGGUUCCCGACACAAGGCCGGAGGAGGCCAGCUCUCCAAAGCGCAUAGCCAAGCCGAAAAGAGACCCUCUUGUUGACAAGCAGGGGGAGAUAACGUCAGGGGAGUACAAAGGAAAGCGGGGGGUCAUAAAAGACGUGCUCUCCAAUAUGUACCGGGUGCAGCUAAUAACCACCCUGAAGUGUAUAAAUGUUAAGAAAAGAGACUUUGAAAUACAGAAGCGCAGUGGAAAGGCGAGCCCGCUUGAAAAAAAGCAGGAAAAGGAAGAGACAGACGAGGACGAGAGCACCGUGUCUGUGCGCGGAGACGGAGACACUCCUGUGAUAGAGCCAGAGGAGUACAAGCCAACCGAGAAGAUCUACUCGCUGGACCCUUUUGACGAGGAGUAG